AUGAUACAUGCUUUUAAUGUCCCUUUUGUUUGUAGUCGACAACAUGAUCUUUCACAGUCAGCCAUUGGAGACCUGAAUGCUGAUAGAGAACUGGGAGAAUAUGAUUCAGAAGAUAGUGGGUAAGAUAAAUAUAUAAAUGUCUUAUAGUUAAGCUAUUUCAUUAACAGUAAUUUUAUUUUAGUUAAUGUAAUCAGUUUGUUGUGUUAAAAACAACACUGUCUGUUUGUGUAAUGCACAUUCGCAUACUGUGUAUGGUACCUGAUCUAGCUUAGGUGUUCUAGUCUAUUUACACUUUUUUUUUGUAUUUUCAUAUAAUUAUAUAGUUCAACUGACCCAACAAUGGAUCUGGAUGACAAUUCAGAUGAUAGAAUAUCUGGAGAGGACAUUUAGUGAGUUUUGGUAUUUCUUCUUCAUAUACAGUGGUCUGAAUUUUAAAUAUGGGUAUUGUAUGCUACCAUACUGUAUGUUAUCAGAGUAUAGGCCGGUGGUGGUGGCUUAUUUGUUUGCCUUUUUUACCCUACGUAUUUACUCUACAAAUGUGUUUUACAUAUACAGUAUGCCAUUCAUGUCAAAUGACCAAACCAUAGGUUUUAUCAACCUCGUUCCCAGGGUAUUUGCUCUUGGGAAGCAAAGACCCUGGUGGACGCUGGUCACGUGAUCUGCUAAAAUCUAGCAGAUUUUUAAUUAGCGUUGUUUUGUCAAUCUGGGAGGGGUGGGAAUGUAGUAGUUGACAUUCGCCAGAUGCAUUAGUGUUGCAUACUUCACUUUACACGUUUAAUAAACAUGAUUUAUACUGUUCUAAAUUUGUACUCAUCAUGACAGGACUUCCUGCUAUACUGAAUGUCAUCACUACUUGAAGUGCUGCGGUACAUUUCAAGCGAGAAGCUGGAUCAUAUUUCACUUGCAAGGAAAACACUCCACACGCGCCUGGCUUGCGAAGUUGAGCACGCAUCAGAUCGCCGUAGAAACGUACAUAUCUGAUAUCUUCUACACCGACUGAUCGUUCAAACGGUAUUUAUAAACGAACGAUAUGAUAUGGUUGUUUAUAGUUGAAAUGUAUCCUGUCCGAUAUUCAAAACAAAGGAUUUAUUUUAUAACUGGAUCUUUUGAUUUCCCAACUGAAGUACUGAAUAUCGCCAACUGUGUAUAUAAAACAAUAGUGCUGUUUAGUCUGUUUUGACUGUGAAUUAAGCACAGGAUUAAAACCCGUUAUGUAAAAUUCCUUUUAUUUACAUUGCUGAAACAGCUUAACGAUCAAGAAUGAUAUAUGUCGAAGUACAGCUACAGUAUACUGUUAUCACACGCCAAGACUCCUCGGUGUGUGCGGUACAACUUGAAUAUCUAGGACGAUAUAUGCACUAGACUAAAUUAUUUCAUAUUUCAUAUAUUGCAGUAAACAUUAUAAAUCUUAUAAAGACCUUUCAUUGGCAUUGGUAUUAAUGCCCAUUAUUUGAAGAAUAAUCCAGCUUAAAAUCCAGCUUCUUUCGACUUGUAUAAUGCCGCCGUGAGUCAUCAAUAUUUAAAUCAACUUCAAGUCUUUAAUCUUUAUCGUAUACCCCUAUACUGUGUCGUAACUGUAAUUAAAUUUUAGAAGUUUCACCAAACGAUACUGGAGGCAAACAACCUAUCUAUCAGUAUCAGUAUAAACAGAAACUUUAAAAGGCUUAAUAAAACUCAUUAAGUAAUUAUAUGAGCGAGACUUGGUGGGCAUUAUACAGUUUAUGAAUUAUGUAUAUAUAAUAUUUAUACACUAUCUGGUACAAAGUGUCCCUACGUUUUAUCUAUAUUACAAAUACUUUGCUAAACCUUUUCGGAUAUCAUUCCUUUGCAUUCAAGGUGGGAGGGUGAAUGGCGAUAGAAUUUAUACGAGAUUCUGUGCAAUAUUUUAGCUCAACAAACAGGUACUCGUAAAGACAAAAAGGUGCACUGUCGAGUGUGGAUUCCAAACAAUUUUGUCAGUCGCUUUUGAGACCUCUAUCUCACAAAAUUCCUUUUCAUAUGACAUCAAUUCAGUGGCAUGUUAUAAGAAUAUUGUAAAUAUCUGAACCAGAGCCAGGACAGAAACGUACGUGUGAAAUGAAAAUAUUGCCCCCGAACCCCGAGAGAAUAUUAAAAACGCUAAUAUUUCAAACCCUACGGUCAUACGUUUUCGUUGCUUGAUUUCCUGACUUGUCUGUUACUAUAAGAAUCUGCAUUUUACCAUGUUUGUAUAAUUUAAAACGGCAAACAGAAACCAAUUUUAUAGCAAGAAUUUUGAAGUAUAUAUGAUUCUCAAAGAUUAUUGUACAGAACGGCCACUCCUGGCAAUCGAAGUGUGAAGUGCGGAAGUGGAAACAUGUAAUAUGAGACCUUUUCAUCCCCCUCUGAGGCUAUCAAUUUUCUAUGGUCACGUGACCAGCGUCCACCAGGGUCUUUGCUUCCCAAGAGCAAAUACCCUGGGAACGAGGUUGAGGUUUUAUAAAAUCUAUUAAUUACCAUUAAAAUCUAUAAAUAUGGCCAUUGAAAUCUUCUUAACACCGGACAAUAUGUUUGCCAACACAUCUAUAGUGUAUGACGUAUAAUUCAUUCCAAUCCAUUAAGCUGCAAUGAUGCACCUUAAUGUGCCUAUAAUGCAACCAUUUUACUAUAUGCAUAGAGUAUUGUUUGAAAUACUGGGUAAAUUGAUAUAUCUGUUACUUAUUUUGCAAACAGUUCCAUUGAGUCUGAUGUUGAUGAUGAACAGAAAGAUCUGCCAAUGACAACAACAACAACAACAACAACAACAACAACAACAACAACAACAACAACAACAACAACAACAACAACAAACCCACCACAAGUCCCAGAGUUUGCCAGUACCAGCAGUAUAACAUAUGGGCCUCGUCGUAAACUGAAUAGGGGUGAGGAAAUAAACAAAUUCCCACAGGAAUUUGAGAUGGUCAAGGAAAGCAAAUUUGUCUGCUCCCUUGUAUUGUUACUCCAGGUAUUCCAAGCUCGCUGUCAAACACCUGGCUGUGUGAAUGCACCAACAGUCAGCUAUCGUUUUGUUUGUGCUUCGUUAUUCAUUGAUUCUGUUUGCUCAUCUGGUCACAAACAUAGAUUUUGCUCUUCGCAUGAACUUGGGGAGGGAGUCUAUGUGAACAGCCUACAAGCAGCUGCCUCUCUCUUGCUGUCAGGCAAUAGUUUUGCCAAAAUUGAGAGAAUGGCAAAGUUUUAUGGUUUGGCACUUCUUUCAAAGUCAACAUUUUAUCGCUAUCAGCGUUUAUAUCUGAUUCCCGAAAUAAAUGAGUGGUGGGCAUGGACAAGGCAAGAACUUCUGAACGAAUUUGGUGGGCAAGAUGAUGUCAUUGGUGGUGAUGGACAGUGUGACUCACCAGGUUUUAAUGCCAAAAAUCUAUGCUAUUUUAUGGUUGAAGCCAAUAGCAACUACAUCAUCGACAUUGAAAUAUUAGAUAAGAGGCAUGUUGGUUUAGCAUCAACCAACAUGGAAAGGGAAGCUGUUAAGCGUGGGUUGGAGAGGCUGACCCAAGACAUAAAAGUGGUGGAAUUUGUGACAGAUGCAUCAACUUCUUUUAAAGCACUACUUCGUAUGUACAACACACAUAUAACUUUAACCCAAUGAGUCACAUUGCGCUAUCCUUUAUUAUUUUUACUCUCUCUAAUGCCAGACGACUUUACUUGUCAAGGGGAUAGCGCUAGCGCUUAAUAGUAAUCAUUCGGUUGGAGUGCAACCUAAUAUUAUUCAUCUCAAUUUUCAGAAAACAACUUCCCUACCAUUGUGCACAGUCUAGAUGUCUGGCAUAAGUCCAAAAGUAUCAAAAAGUGUCUAGCAAAG